CUUGGACCAUUAUUGAUUCAUUGCGCGGAUAUGAUCGGAGAAUUUUCGAAUUCUCACAAAAAGAAUUCGAAAAGUAUUCUCAUUUCAUUAUUCAUUCCUCCUCCUCUUAUCUUACAAUUUAAAAUAAUUAAUAUAAUAUAUUCAACAAAUAGAAAAACAAAAUAAAAUACAAUAAAAUAAAAAUAAAACCAAAAACACAGUUGUACUUGUUUCAACAAUCCUCCUCCUCCCUUUCUCCCUCCCUUUCUCCCUCUCUCUGAAGAAUCAAUCAUUCUAAAAGGGGCAUUUCCCAUUUCUUCAAUCCACUGGUAAAUUUGCUAUCUUUCUCCUCAAUCUUUCACUCAAUCUCCAUAUUUUUAUUUGUCAGGUCACUGUGUCCUGAUUACUUGAAAAGAACAGGCUUCACCCAGUGCAUGAUCGUAAUUUACUAACGGAGCAAUGAAUCACCGUCCAAUGGAUCUUGGGAGGCCUGCCUCAGGUAAAAGAAGAUUAAAAGAUUUAUUGGUGCAAAAAGAUAAUCGCAAUUGUGCUGAUUGUAGUGCUCCUGAUCCUAAAUGGGCGUCAGCAAACAUUGGAGUUUUUAUAUGCUUAAAAUGUUGUGGUGUGCACAGGAGUCUUGGUACUCAUAUAUCAAAGGUUUUGUCAGUGACCCUGGAUGAAUGGUCUGAUGAUGAAAUUGAUGCAAUGAUAGAAGUUGGAGGAAACUCUUCUGCUAAUUCAAUUUACGAGGCUUUUAUUCCUGAGGGACUUUCAAAGCCUGGACCAGAUGCCGGACAUGAGGAACGUUCAAAAUUCAUCCGGUCAAAGUAUGAGCUUCAAGAGUUUCUGAAACCUAGCUUGCGGAUUAACUCAGGUCCUUCUAGAAAGAACUCUCUCCAGAGCACUCUCCAAUCAAAUAGUUUUUCUCGAAAGAUUAUCGAUAGUUUCCGUUCAAAUUCUUCACAGAAAUCGCAGGAAGGCAUGGUAGAAUUUAUUGGUUUAUUGAAGGUUAAGGUGAUUAGAGGCACAAAUUUAGCCAUUCGAGAUAUGAUGACAAGCGAUCCUUAUGUCAUCCUGACUCUUGGGAAGCAGACUCUUCGAACGACUGUAAUAAAGAGUAACUUGAAUCCCGUCUGGAAUGAGGAACUCAUGCUGUCUGUACCUGAGCGAUUUGGAGCUUUACAGUUGCAGGUGUUUGAUCACGACACGUUCUCGGCUGAUGACAUAAUGGGAGAAGCAGAGGUUGAUCUUCAGCCAUUGAUAACAUCUGCGAUGGCAUUCGGGGAUGCAGGAAUGUUUGGGAACAUGCAAAUCGGGAAAUGGCUGAAGUCGCACGACAAUGCACUCAUAGACGAUAGCACUGUUAACAUUGUCGACGGGAAGGUAAAACAGGAGGUGUCUUUGAAGCUCCAGAAUGUUGAGUGUGGAGAAAUAGAUUUAGAACUAGAGUGGAUGCCCCUUGAGCAAUAGGUAAACGAUUUAAUUAUUUUUUGUCCAUCUUAUUUAAUAAAAACCUGUAAUUUUUGGUUGAGUUAUA